AUGAGUACAGCGUGUAAAGUCUCUCUGGCUCUGUUGUGUUUAUUUGCUGUUGCGUCAUUCUUGGUCUUGACAGCAGUGGCGGGCAACAAAACCAAACAAACUUCGAGCAAUAUGGUGAGUCAAUUAACUUUCUGCGCGGGACCAUGCCUGAUAUAACUGAAACAAAUGAUAGCGAAAAAACUUCAAGAACAGAACUUUGCGCAAUCCAAUAACUGCUAAAGAGUACUUUUCUGUGAGUAUUUAUCUAGUCUCGGUCGACGUGAAGGAAUGUUCAAACAAUGGAUCGCAUCUUUCAAAACUCGUGAAAAUCGUGAUAAGGUUGCAAAGCUCAAAGAUAAAUGUGUAACUGUUUCAAUUUCAAUUUCGAUAAUUUAGAAAAAACUGUAACAAUUCAUAAUAAAUGAUGGCAACUAAUACUAAACUCGGAUAUGGGAUAGAUUCCUUUAAAAAAUAGAAUGGUUUCCAUGACUUUACCAAAGUCUCGCUCCCUAUCAGCACAAAUCAUUUAGAAACAGGUUUUAGGGAACUUCUUAAAUCCAUCAACAUCAAGUAGCUUCGUGUCUCGAUUAAAUUUUAUGUCUUGACCGUAUAUCUAACGAUGCAUUAAUGUAAAGUUUCUCCACAACACUUAACCAAACGAGCCAAAUAGAGUUGGGAAACAGGAAACGAAGGGGAAAAAAUAUUUUAAGGUUGUCUGCAGACAUUAUGAAAUAUUCGUCAGAACAUUUUCAGGGGUUUAUUUUCCGAAAGGCUAGUAGGGGAAAGGAACGGGGUUAAAUUGUUUAAAGUGUGUCAUAAAGGCACAGUACUUUUCUUUUUUUUUCUUUUUUUUUUCCCUAGAGGUGGCUAAGCAUCGCCGAUGAGACUAAAUCACUGAGGGAGUUAUAUAUUUUGCUCAACACACAAUAACACUUUUUAAAGUAACUUUUUGUUUCUCUCUAUAGCAAUCUUCCCCAUUCUGCGGGUUUGGUGGUAUUCCAGGCAUGCACGGGUUACCAGGCCGUGACGGACGUGAUGGCCGAGAAGGAGCGAAAGGUGACCCGGGAAGCCCGGGAAAAACUGGGCCUCUGGGACCUGCUGGUGUAAAUGGAAAAGAUGGUGCUAAAGGAGAGCCUGGUGUACGGGGCCCACCAGGUCCAAAAGGAGAGCGUGGACAAAGUGGACAUCCUGGGAACCCAGGUCUGAUGCCUUUUAAGAACUGGAAAGAGUGCGCAUGGAAAGAUUUAAACGAUGGCAAAGACAACGGUUUAAUAAAGGUAAAUUUUCACGAGUUAAAUCUUUUAUUUGGUAUAAAAUGUUAUCUUCAUUUGUACUUUUUUCUUACCUCCUAUUAUAACCAAAUGAUGUGACUAUUCUACGUUUAUCUCCCCCAUAUUUAGGACUGUGUCUUCACCAAGAACUUUUCUGACACAGCUCUUCACGUUGCCUGGACUGGUGCCCUUAGACUCCACCAUUGUACAAGCUGUUGCAAACGCUGGUACUUCACUUUCAACGGUGCAGAAUGCUCAGCUCCUCUACCCAUUGACGGUAUUGUGUACAUGUGGCAAGGCAAAACUCAAGAUCUUCACCGCGUCCGCCAUAUUGAGGGGCAUUGUCACAACAUUCACAAAGGAAAGGUGCGCGUGGGAUUUUGGGUUGGUAAUUGUCCGAGUAACAAACCUGGUGACGCCUACACUGGCUACUCGUCUGUGUCCCGGAUCUUCAUUGAAGAAGUUCCUAAGGCUCAGGCCUAAAUGCCGAGACAAAACAUCCAUUCUGCUAAGAUAAACACUAUCGCUUCCAGCCAGUUCUACAGAUUACUGGGAAGUCGAUUAUUGUAAUGGUAAUGGAAAGAUAACAUUAAAAGUUGCAGGAUGCUUUGCAAAGUGCGUGUUUGUGUUUAUUUCGAUCCCCUCCGAUUAGAGGUCUUUCGCUAGUUAAAAGUCCUUCGCGUUUUCAAUCCUUCAAAUAACCACUUCUUGAAAUCUCUUUUAACAAUUGAAAGAAGUCAUACGUGUAUGUAGUUAAACCGGACAUCUUGAUUUACAAAAUAAAUUUCAUAAGAGAACGCAGUAUUGUCUAGAAUGAAUGCUGAUGUGAGAAGUUCAAAGAAAGGUUAUCAAUUCACCAUCGUAAUUUUGCCUUGUUGUUGUUGUAUAUAAAAAAAGUAAAAAUAUGCCUGAGGUUGACCCUUUUUACAGUUUUUGAAUGGAACCUUUAAAAGCGUCCUCAGUUGAUACGUCGGGUUAAAUUUUAAGAUAAAAAAGAGAGAAUCUUUUUUCCAAACGUUGAAAAAGGUCUAACAGCGCUACUGCCACUUGAUUUUCUUUUGUCAUUUUUUUGUUGCAAGAAAUUAUGAUAGCGACAGUAUUCCCCAACUUAGGGAUCUGUAUCCUCGUUGCCAAGGAGAGAGAACCUGGGAAGGAGGUUGAUGGAUCCGUUUCUCGAAGUCCCAGAAACGAUACAGGCCCAAAGCCAAAAUAUUGAAAUCAAUCUAAAAAACAAAGCGCAGGUCCUAGCAAGCAAAUCAUGUUCUGUAAACUGACGGUUAUCUGAGAGACUGUUGAAACCUAUAUCUUGACCGAUAAAUAAAACAGCUUUUCGGGAUCAGUAAUUAAUGGGACUUUCCAAAAACGGGUCCAAGAACCUAUUUGAUUGCGAUGCUCUUUCGAGUUAAUACACCAUACUGAUACAUUCAUGAUUACCUGGAAUGCAAUGAAUGACAAGAACUUAAGAUGCAGUGGCUCUCAUAGACCUUUUUAACCUUCGCUAAGAAUAUUUUCUCUCUUUUUCUCUCUAUUUGUAUAUUUUGUAGAAAUUAACGUACACGGUGUCCAUUACAAUGGAAAACCACCAUAACUGGACAAAUGUAAGCAGAAAGAAAUUCGAUGUGCUCCUAUUAGCAAUUUUGGAUAGUCUUGCAUUUUCACCAUGACUACUGUUAAGAGUCCUUUCUGACGCGUAUGAAGGAGAAGAGAUACCCUGGAAAGGAGAUUGCAACACAAUUUGUCACAUGAAAAUUGUCUCUCGUUUGCUAAUGUGCUGAUUUGUAGGCGUCAUCAUAAUAGAUGACUCGUUCAACCAACCGUGAUUGAAUAUAUAAAAUUUAUUGAAACUAUCGAGUGUCUGUUCACAUGAGUCGUAAACUUUACAAACUCAGAUUACUCCGACCAAACUCCCGGGUAUUAUAUUAUUUUGAUUUCAAUUAUAAAUACUCAUGCAAAGGGUUCAUGUAUAAAGAGUAUUUUUCAUUUUAAUUUGAAACUUUUAAACAAUAUGCACUGUAUUUUAACUGCGCCAGUUCCAAAGCCUUGUUUACAAACGAACACUGAACGGGACAAUUAAAGGGAUUUCUAGUUAAAAGUAUUGUUUUUCGUUUAGUGCGCCAUUUUUCUUGAAUAUCUAACCAAGAUUUUAUUCAAUAAAAAAAAAGACUUCAUUAAGUUGGAGUCUUUAGUUCCCUUAUUUUUUGAGAAUAUUUGGAUUUUCUUUCGAAUGUUUUCAAUAAAUAUAAAAUAGGGAGGUUCUGUUUAAAAUUUUGGGAAAUUGGAAAAUAUUGGAUUUGGGGAUCUUAAAGAACUAAAACAUGAAACGAAUAAUUAGUAAACAAAUACCAGAUACUCAACCACCAUAACAAGGUGCCUCUGAGCCCACUAGCAGACAGGCUGGUUUAUGUUUUCUACCCUAAUUUAUUUAUUUUCCAAAUCAACAACAUUUCCCCCCAAAAAAACAACCAGGAUGCCACCUUAAAGAAGCUCAGAGCUCUCCUUCAAGUUAAAAGAAAAGGUACCCUUUCUACUCUUUUGAUCCCAUAUCUGUAUCACGCCUCCUUUUUUAAAGAAGUCAACAUCCUUUUGUAAUGGAGUGCCCAGCAUGCCAGGUACACCUGGGAUGCCAGACCGUGAUGGACGGGAUGGCCGUGACGGGGCGAAAGGUGACCAAGGAAUCCAAGGAAAUACUGGACCCCAGGGUCCUCCUGGCCCUACUGGUGCAAACCGUGCUAAAGAGGAGCAAGAUGGUGCUAAAGGAGAGUCUGGUGUACAGGGCCCACCAGGUCCAAAAGAAGAGCGUGGACAAAGUGAACAUCCUGGGAACUCAGGUCUGAUGCCUUUUAAGAACUGGAAAGAGUGUGCAUGGAACAAUUUACGCGAUGGCAAAGACAACGGUUUAAUAAGGGUAAAUUUUCAAGAUUUAAAUCUUUUAUUUGGUAUAAAAUGCUAUCGUCAUUUGUACUUUUCUCUUACCUCCUAUUAUAACCAAAUGAUGUGACUAUUCUACGUUUAUCCCCCCCAUAUUUAGGACUGUGUCUUCACCAAGAACUUUUCUGACACAGCUAUUCACGUUGCCUGGACUGGUGCCCUUAGAAUCUACGGGUGUACAAGCUGUUGCAAACGCUGGUACUUCACUUUCAACGGUGCAGAAUGCUCAGCUCCUCUACCCAUUGACGGUAUUGUGUACAUGUGGCAAGGCAAAACUCAAGAUCUUCACCGCGUUCGCCAUAUUGAGGGGCAUUGUAACAACAUUCACAAAGGCAAGGUGCGCGUGGGAUUCUGGGUUGGUAAUUGUCGAGGUGGAUCACCUGGUGACGCCACCACGGGCUGGCAGUCUGUGUCCCGGAUCUUCAUUGAAGAAGUUCCUAAAGCUCAGGCCUAA